AUGAGACUUCGGUCCCGUGCUGGUGCCGCGGUAUCGGUACUGGCUCUGGCUGCCCAUGGAGUCUCACAAUCCGUAAACCCAAACAUCGACCUCAGCAAUCUUGGUCAAGUCGCCCUAACUGGCGAUUUUGAUGCCAUUUCUGUCUAUUCUUUCCCAGGCCAAUUCGAUCGCAAUGGCUCUAAUUCAAUAUUACAACACCAGCCUGAUGGCUCCUACGAGGUACUCGCGGCGACCGAUGCGACCAUUGACUCGAUGUGCUCUUUCUUAAGAAGAGAUGGCACCUUUGAAGGCAUCAUAGUUGGCGGUAAUUUCACCAGUCUAGGAGGUGUCGCCACGAGAUCUAUAGCACUCUACAAUCCCGAUUCGCGAAUCAUCACGCCUUUGCCCGGCCUCGAGGGUACUGUCGCCGCGGUGCUGUGUGAUCAGGAACGCGAGACCGUCUACAUCGCUGGUUCUUUCGAUGCAGCCAACACGUCAAAUGCCAUUGCUUGGACUGUUGACGGAGCUUGGCAGACUCUGCCUUUCGCUGGUUUCGAUGCUCCUGUCGAGUCUGUCACCAAAGCUCCCAACGGCCAUAUCGUCUUUGGCGGCCAGUUCACCGGUCUGGGAAAUACCAGUACUACAUCAUCGCAGAGAGAUCGAGCUACCCAGCAGAUCCCUUUGCCCGGCUCCGCCAACGUCACCGUUGGUGGCGCCUCCAACACAAACAAAGACGCAAUUGCCUGUCCUUCGAAUGGGUCUAGCGUCGAAUGGAAGUUGAAUGCUGACACUCCUGGCUUCUGGCGCGCCAACUUCGACUUUGGAUUCGAGCCAACUCGUUUGCGAUUGUUCAAUGCCGGCACGAAAGAAUUCCGUUUCACAGCCUUUCCUAUCAACGGUAUCAUGAACUUGACCUACACCGACCCGGAAUCUGGAGACGAGCGCGUCUGUGACGCCCUCUGUCCACUUCCCGAGAACCCCGAGGAUGGGUUCAUGGACUUCUUUUUCGUUAACAACGUUGGCAUGAACAGCUUCCGCAUCGAUAUCAGUGACUGGUAUGGUAAUGCCGGUGGACUGGCUGGGAUCCAAUUAUUCCAGAGCGAUGUCUUCAGCUACGCUGUGGCAGAUUUUAACGAACCAGCAUGUGGUGGCCCAACCGGUACCCUUUCUACGGUGACAACGACUGGUCCUUGGUUCCAAAUGUCAUCAUUUGACAGUGUCUCCAAGUACCUAGCAGCAGUCCCUGGCCCCGACGAAAUUGGCGACACCGAGGUCACAUUUGAGCCGAACAUCCAGGAAAGCGGCAACUACACCGUCACUAUCUACACUCCCGGAUGUCUUCAGGAUAGCUCUUGCUCGUCUCGUGCCGUUGUCAACGUUACCGGUACAUUGACUACCGAUGCUGAUCAAACCUUUUUCACGCAAAUCUCCCAGCUGAAUAACUUUGACAAGUACGACAACGUAUAUACGGGGCCCAUCGACGUUACAUCUGGCUCCUUCCGGCCUAGAGUUAGCAUCAAGGCCUCCGGACAACUGCCUACUCAGCGCAUUGUCGCAUCUAGAGUCAAAUUUGGCCUCAUUGCGACUACUGGAGGACUGAACGGCAUUUUCGACUUCGACCCUGACCAGGCUCAGAUUAAUCCAAACGACUUUUCCAACUCCGACAUUAACAAUGCCGGCACGCUCCUCAACCAAGACGCUCAAAUCACCAGUUUACUGACUGUCGGCGAUACAAUGUAUGCUGCAGGGUCGUUCGAGGAUGAUCGAUUCGAGAAUAUCAUGGCUUUCACAUCAGAAGGAAAUGCCACUUCACUGUCGGAUCGUGGCUUGAAUGCUCCUGUUAUGGACAUGUUCGCCCUUGACAACGUGCUGUACGUUGGGGGCAACUUUACUGCCGCUAGCGGUGACAAUCAACUAGAGCUUACUAGUGUCGCCGCCUAUCAAAUUGCCGACCAGCGCUGGGUCGCCCUUGGGGCUGGCCUGAAUGGUGCUGUGGAAUACGUUGUACCCAUUCCCAUGAACACCUCCGAAGGUCAGUCCGAGACAGCCAUUGCGUUCAGCGGCAGCUUCAGCCAAAUCCGUCAGUCUGGAUCUGACCCGGCCAUCGAUGUUGAUGGCCUGGCCGUCUGGCUCCCGUCGGCCAACAACUGGAUCCAGCGAACAAAUGCUCAACAGCAGAUUCUGACUGGAGAGCUCACUGCUGGAGCCUUUCUACCAAACAACACCUGGAUUGGUGCCGGUACUUUGGCGUCACUCGGACAAGUCAUGCAUGGUGUCGCCAGUGUUGUCUCCAACGAUGGGCGAAUCACACUUCACGGUCUACCACUGAACAUUCAAGCAGAAGAGACUUCAUCCUCACUUCAGAAGCGUGCAAUCAGUGGCGACCAAAAUGUGACCGGAGUUGUAGAAGUUGUUACUUACAACGCCAAUGCCGACAACGUGACAAUAUUUGCCGGCGGCUUUACGGCAGAAGGGGCGGAACGCUCGACCAUCCGGAACCUGCUCUUUAUGAAUGGGUCUGACAAUAAUGCUGUCACUGGCCUACCUCAAGGUGUGAGCGAGAACUCGACAUUCAUUGCCCUGGAGAUCCACAGAGACCUCCUCUUUGCUGGUGGUCGUGUGAGUGGCGAGAUCGAAGGUCGUUCAGUCGCUGGUUUGCUUUUGUACGAUAUGACAACAGCCGACUACGCAUCGAUUCAGCCUGCUGGUCUCGCUGGCCCCAACGUCAUUGUCAAUGAUAUCAAAGCUCAGCCUGACACUGACUUUGUCUACGUUGGAGGAGCUUUUGAGCGUACCACACAGGAUCUGUCAUGCCCCUGCGUGUGCAUGUAUGACACCAAUGCCAACCAGUGGAACCCCGUCGGCAGCGGCCUGAGCGGCACUGUUGCUCAGCUGUUCUGGAAAAACGACAAGAAGCUUCUCGCAGUCGGAAAUUUGACAUUGGGUGGUAAUGAAACGACCAUUGUACAGUAUGACCCUGAUGAGCAGGCGUGGACUCAGAUCGCCGACGACACAAUUCCUGGUCCCGUCUCUGCGCUCACGGUGGUCACGGAAGAUGGAAAAGACAUCUGGGUUGCAGGAACAGCCAACAAUGGGUCCACAUUUCUCAUCGAGGUGAAGGAUGAGGAGAACCUGAUUGUGACCGGAAUGUUCUCAUCCGGCACCACUAUCCGCAGCCUGGAGCUUGUUGAUGCGGAAGACAACAACGACAGCAACGAUUUCCUGGAUAGAGAUGAAGCUCUUCUCAUCAUGGGCCAGCUCAACAUUACUGGCUUCGGCGCGGCAUCUGCCGCCGUCUUCAACGGCAGCGCUAUGACACCUCUUGUACUGGCCAGCAAAGCCGAUGGCUCCGCGGGAAGCAUUAGUCAGCUUGCUGCCAGCCGACCAAGAACACCUCGGUCUGAGGGUAAUCGUCACUCCACUGGCAUCGUGGUAUUGGUCGCGCUUUGUGCGGCACUUGGUACUAUCUUCCUCAUCGUCCUUCUGGGGCUUCUACUCAAUCGUAUUCAACGCAAGCGUGCGGGAUACAACGCCAUUCCAAAUGUUCCAUAUGCGGAUAAGAAUUCCAACUUGAAUAGGGUGCCUCCCGAGACUCUGUUUGGCACCCUAGGACAAAGAACAGGCGCAGCACCCAGAGUUUGA